AUGAAACCGCCAACGUUCUAUGGUGGAAUUGAACCUCUGAAAGCUGAGACGUGGUUGCUUGAGAGGGAAAAGUUAUAUGAAGUAUUUCCUUGUUCUGAAACUCAAAAAGUCCUCCUAGCCACCUACACUCUGAAGGACGAAGCCCGCAGGUGGUGGGUAUUAAUUCGAAGUGGCAAUGGGAAUAUGACGUGGGCACAGUUUAAUGCAAUCUUUUAUGAUAAAUACUUUCCCCAAUGCUUUAGGGAUCGAAAGGUGUCCGAGUUUCAGGAACUCAAACAGGAAAGAAUGUCUGUAGCAAAGUAUGAAGCUAAAUUCACCGAACUGGCACGGUUUGCUCCACACAUGGUGGAUAUUGAUUACAAGAAAGUACGAAAAUUUGAAGGUGGAUUGGAUUUGGAGGUGUUCAAUCGGGUGGGCAUGUUGAAAUUACCUACUUAUGUGGAAGUCUUGGACAGAUCCUUAAUGGCGAAAGCUACCAUAGCCGCCAUGAAACAAGGUAAAGCCCCAACAACUACGACAACUGAGUGGAGAGGAAAAAGAUCCGGGUUUGGUUUUAAAAAGAGCCGGUCCUUUUGUAGUAAGAAGCAAAACACAGGGACUUCAAACAACUCGAGUCAGAGUAGUGGGUUUAUUCCGGUCUGUUCUGAUUGUGGUAAAAGGCACAGGGGUGUGCGCUACCGAGCGUCCGGUGCUUGUUUCCGGUGUGGCCAGCCAGGUCAUGUAGUGAAAGAUUGCCCGCUCAGGUCUGAAACUACUAGCCGUCCUGCAGCAAGUUCAGCGGGAUCCGCUUCUGUGGCCAAAACCAAUGCCAAAGCCAAUACUGGGAAAGAACCUCUGAGACAAGGCCGAGUGUUUGCCUUAGUGCCCGGUGACAUACCGAACACCUAUACUGUGGUGUCAGCUGAUCUCAAUCUAAAAAAAACUCCUCAACUUCUGGAAUUGGUGGAUGACAGCAAGGAUGUUGAGAAACUCAUGGGUUUACCCCUAGAAAAGGUUUUACUCAUAUGGAUGGAUUUCCAAUUGAAGAAAGCAGGAUACAAGUAA